AUGGGAGAACGACCCGUGAGGACUACAGCAGGACUGCUGCCACGCCGCUACUGCGAUAACGACGCCCCCAACGUCAACGUUACCACGCCACCAGCGGUGGAUUCUCCUGCGUCGAUCGUGACCGGAAGCGGGUCACGGAAGAGUUCGUCCAUCGUCAGAAGCCAGAAGAGGAUCGACGUCGAAACCCGCACCGCACUUGCGGUCGUCGACAAAGCGCAGCUUGCGCGAAGAAAGGACUUCGCGUUAAUGGAGGCUCAACAACAGUCCAUUGAACGCAAGAUCCAGAAACUCGUCGACCUAUGUGCAGAUCCUGACCUAUCCCCAGAACAAGUUGCAAAUCUUGUCAGCCAGCGCAAGGGUUUGGAAAGUGACCUUGAAGAGUCAACAGAGGAUUUGGCGCGUGCAAAAGUCCUCGUUCAGUUCGACGAGGAAUCCGCCGAGCUGCAGAAGAGAGAAAUUUUGAUCAGAGCCGACGCCGAACUGAACAAGCUUGAAAACGAUUCAGAUGCGGAGGACGUUGAACGAGAGUCAGAACCAGUUGACAAAUCAAACCUGACCCUCAUGUGGACGCAUCAACUGCAAGAAAUACGCAGCACCCCAAUUACGUCACCGUUUCUGUCCCAAGAAGAGCAAGCCCACUUCUUUCCAUUGUCGUCCCCAGUCACGACAAUUAGUCACACUUCCGGUCAGCCAACCGUCACCACAUGGACAUCACAUGUCCCCCAGUCCGUGCCAGUCACUACCACCGCCGCCGCGACUGCACACCAAAUGUCGGCAUCCUCCUCCUCCACAACAACGACUGCCGCCAUGUUGAAUCCCCUCUUCGCUACCUUCGCAAAGCCCUACAUCACCUCUUCUCAAGAUUAUUGGGCAACUCUCACGUCCACGCAGCCGCCAGUGUCCACGCCACACUCGUUCUUCGCUGCAACACAGCCGCCCCUGUCCAUUUCGCACACGACCGCUGCUGCAGUACCGCCCCCGAAUAUCCCCACCUUCACAGCAGCCACUCACACGACCACGCCACUAGUAACAAUGGCGAGUUGGAGUUCUCCGGGGAAUCCUCCUCCCACUACAGUGCCCACGUCAUACAUCGUCUCUGCUGCACCGCCGCCGCCCUCGAAUAUUCCCCCCAUCGUCACGUCUGCACAGACCACGCCGUUUGUAUCCGCCUCGAGUGGGAGCACGUCGAAUCCUCCCCCUCAUGCUCAUCAUUAUUGGACUGCGCCUCAUUUCACGCCUGUGUCCAUGCCGUAUUCAGCAGCACCGCCGCCUCCACCGCUGCACAAUCCCCACGUCCCGACCUUGCCCAACUUCCAGCCAACUAGCUCGUCGACCGACAAGAUUUUGGCACGACAGGUCCAAGGUCGAGACCUUCCUGUCUUCACUGGUCGUCCAGAAGAGUGGGGCACCUUCUACGUAGCCUUCGUCAACAGCACGAAUUUCUGCCAGUUUUCCCCCGCCGAGAACCUAAUCCGACUCCAACGUUGCCUCAAGGGAGAGGCCCUGAAAAUUGUGCAAAGCUUGCUGGUGUCCCCCGCCAAUGUCCCGGCAGUAAUGCAACGAUUGCAAAGGAGGUUUGGUCGGCCUGACCAAAUUAUUCAAAAUUUAAUCCGAAAAGUCCAGGAACUCCCCCCCGUCAAGAUUGAAAAGUUGGACACGCUUGUCGACCUUGGUAUCGCAGUGGACGACCUCGCCGCCAACAUUACCUCCCUCAACUGCAUGCAGCAUUUGCAUAAUCCCAUGCUCAUCAAGGAAUUGGAGGACAAGUUGCCCAGUGUGAUCAAGCUGGAAUGGGGUCGUCACUUUCAGUUAUCCGGCCAUCCCGUCCCUACCGUUGACCUCUUUGCAGAGUGGUUGAACCACUACUCCGACGCCGCCUGGGCCUUCUGUCCCCCCAAAGUCAGCAACGAAUCCAACCACCAUGAGCGAAAGAGAAGAAAUCUCCACGACCGAGUCAUGGUGGCGGAAGAAGAGAAGAAGAAAACACGAGACGAUCACCGAGAAAAUCGUCCUCGCCACGCCAAGCCCCCCGAAAAGUGCCCCUGUUGCCGAAGCAACAAUCACAAACUGCACGCGUGCAGAGAUUUCGCCGACAAACCGACGGACGAACGGUGGGAACUCGUCAAGAAUUGCCACCUAUGCUUCCGGUGUCUGAGUUCCGGUCAUGCAGUCAAGGACUGUAAAUUCCCCCGAGCUUGUGGUAUCGAUGGGUGCCAAAAACCCCACCACAAGCUGCUCCAUGUCGCCGCCCCCCGAAGAAGAUUAGCCGACGAUCCCGAAAAUCCUCGUCGUUCUGCUGCUGUACCACCGGAAAUGGUGAAUACAGGAGAAGAGAUGCCCUACAUCAAUUUGAUGGUCCUCCCUGUCACAUUGGAGGGUCCCACGGGGUCAAUCUCCACAUUCAUGAUGCUCGAUUGUGGCAGUACCCUUACAGUAAUUGAGAGUACCAUCGCCGAAGCCAUCGGAUUGAAAGGAGAAUCCCGUCAGAUAACAGUGGGCGGAUUCCAGAGUGAUCCCACCGUACUCAACACUAAAGUCGUCUCCCUCCGCAUCAAGUCCAAAGAUGGAAGCUACGUCCACGACCUCAACAAUGUCAAGACAGUUGACCGAUUAAGACUGCGGGAGCAGUCCGUCAGGAAGUCACUGCUCAAAAAGUGGCCUCACCUCCAGGGAAUCGACCUGAACACCUACGAUUGCAAGCGUCCAGGCAUCCUCGUGGGGAUGGACAACCCCACCCUCUUCCUCCAAAAAGAUUUCCGAGUUGGAAAGGGGAACAGCAGCAAUUCUCCCAUCGCCAUCCGCACGCCGUUGGGAUGGGCGUUAAUGGGGAGAACAGCCUGGGCCGGCAGGGAACAGUACGCAUAUCACAUGCAAGAGGUCGACCCUCUCCACCAACUCGUUAAGGACCAAUUUUCCACCGAGUCAUUUGGAGUUAAGCCGUUGGUGGAUAAACCAAGAACGAAAGAGGACAAGCGAGCUCAGGAAAUUUUGGACGCCUCCACUCGCCGUGUUGAAGGAGGAUGGGAAACCGCGUUGUUGUGGCGUGAUGAUCAUGUCAAACUUCCCGAGAGCUACUCCAACGCCUAUCGUCGCCUCAUGUCCAUGGAGAGGAAGAUGGACCGCGACCCCGAAUUUAUGAAAAGUUACUGCAACAAAAUUGAAGAAUAUCUCAGCAAAGGCUACGCCCGUAUUUUGUCCCCUGAGGAAGCUGCCACCACUACGAACAAGACGAACUACGUUCCCCACUUUAUGGCGUACAAUCCCAAGAAACCAGGGAAGUUACGUUUCGUCUUUGACGCCGCGGCCAAGAAUCACGGUCGUAGUCUCAACGAUCACAUUCUCCAAGGACCUGACAAGUUAAUUCCUCUCCCGAAUAUCCUCCUCAAAUUCAGACAACGACAAAUUGCCCUCACCGCCGACAUUGAGGACAUGUUUCACCGUGUCAAGGUGAAACCAGAAGACGCCCAAGCCCAACGCUUCCUUUGGAGAGGAAGUGACCACACUCGUCCCCCCGAUACCCUCGAAAUGGGAGUGCUCAUCUUUGGAGCCACCUGCUCGCCAACUUGUGCCCAAGAGGCGAAGAACAAAAAUGCUGCAGAAUUUCAACAGCAAUUUCCCGACGCCGUAGAUGCCAUUAUCAACCGCCACUACGUGGAUGACCUGCUCGACUCAUGUGACACCGUGGAGCAGGCCAAGAAAAGAUUCGCAGAGGUCCGAACCAUCCACGCCGCCGGUGGAUUUAACCUUCGUAAUUGGCUGUCCAAUUCCCCCGAAGUCGUUGCCCACAUCCCAGAGGAACUUCGUGCCAGCAAUAUGAAGGAUCUGCAAAUGGGUGAAGAUAACGUCAUCGAGCGAGUCCUCGGUCUAUUCUGGAGACCAGAAUCCGACGUCUUCACUUUCUCCCUCAACUUUGUUAAAGCGCGAGUGGAGAUCCUGUCUGGGAAGAAAGUCCCCACCAAGCGUGAAAUGCUUUCACUGGUCAUGUCUAUCUAUGACCCAUUGGGAUUCCUCGUCAUCCUCACCAUCAAAGCAAAAAUCUUACUACAACAAGCAUGGCGCAGCGAGGUCGGAUGGGAUGAUGAAAUUCCGCGAUCAACAUUUGAAUCAUGGAGAACAUGGCUACAAGAAGUGCAGAAAAUCCCCACUUUCCGACUCCCACGUUGCUACUCGUGGACCUUCACCUCUGCAGAUGAAGUCCAACUCCACAUAUUCGUCGACGCCAGUGAAGAGGCAUUCGGAGCAGUCGGCUACUUCCGCAUCCAUAAAGAAGAGAAGGUGGAAAUUGCCCUCGUCAUGGGAAAAGCCAAAGUCGCCCCCCUGAAAAGCCUUUCCAUCCCCCGCAUGGAGUUGCAAGCAGCGUUAAUGGGAGUUAGACUUGCCCACACUAUCAGUGAACAGCACGAGGUGAAAAUCGACCGAACAAUUUUCUGGUCCGACAACACCACCGUUUUGGGAUGGAUCAGAUCUGAUGGACGAAAAUACGUCCAAUUUGUUGCCAACCGAGUGGGAGAGAUACAAGAACUCUCCACUCCAGAACAAUGGAGGUGGGUCCCUGCUUUGGAGAAUGUCGCCGACGAGUUGACCCGUCUAGAGUCGCCAUGCGAUUUCCAACCCACAAGCCGUUGGGUGAAUGGUCCCCCCUUUCUCCAACAAUCCGAAGAAAACUGGCCUGUCCCCACCUGCUCGAGAAUAAAAGAAAGCCCAGAAGAGGAGAUGAAAACCCACUGCGUCCUUCAUUUCCAUGAAACUGCCCCCGUCAUCGACAUUAGUCGCUUCUCAUUGUGGCGACGCCUUAUCAAUACCACCGCCUACGUAUUCAGAGUUCGUGACAGGGUGAAAAAUAAAUUUCCUCUCUACAACAAGGAACUUUGCCCUGAAGAGUUAGUCCGCGCCCAGGAGUGGUGGUGGAGAACGAGUCAACAGCAAAGUUUCCCGAAUGAGUGGGAGUGCCUGUCUGCCGAACUGCCCCUCCCCAAGAAGAGUAAAUUGUCCAAGCUUUGCCCCUAUAUGGACAAAGAAGGGGUUCUGCGAGCCCGCGGUCGCAUCGAUAACGCUGCCCAAGUUGAUGUAGCAAUGAGAAGACCGGUCAUUUUGGACGCCCGACACCCGUACACCCGUCUCCUCAUCGCCCACUUUCAUCGCCAGUGUGGACAUCAUGGUACAGAGAGAAUCCUGAAUGAGAUUCGCCAGCAAUUCUACAUUGUCCACCUCCGCCCUGCAGUCAAGAACGCUCAGCAGAAUUGUCAAAUUUGCAAAAAUUACAAAGCCAAACCGUCCCCUCCUGAGAUGGGACAAUUGCCCGCCGCCAGAUUGGAUAGUCAUGUCAUUCCUUUCCACCGCACUGGCCUCGACUACUUCGGCCCCAUAGAGGUUAAUGUGAAGAGGAGUCGCGAGAAGAGGUAUGGCGCCCUCUUCACAUGCCUCGUAACCCGCGCCGUCCAUCUCGAACUGGCCCACAGCUUAAGCACGGACUCGUGUAUCAUGGCGAUACGAAAAUUCGUAGGAAGAAGAGGAUGUCCAGUCCACAUCUACUCCGAUAACGGUACGAACUUCCGAGGUGCCGAUAACGAGCUCAAAACCGCCCUGCAAGAAAUAAAUCAAAAACAAAUGGAGAACGAGUGCGCCACGCGAGGAAUCACUUGGCACUGGAAUCCCCCUUCAGCACCACACUUUGGCGGAAGUUGGGAACGCCUCGUCCGGUCUGUCAAGACCGCCUUGGGAAAGGUCCUCCUCCAGAGGAACCUGAAGGAUGAGUCCCUCUACACCCUCCUCGUCGAGGCCGAACACGUGGUCAACAGCCACCCUCUUACUCACGUAUCAAUUGACCCUGAUGAUCCCGAAGCCCUCACUCCGAACCACUUCCUCCUCGGUCGCUCCAGCAACCUGCAACCCGCAGGGGAGUUCAGCCCCACAGAUCUCACAAGCCACCGCCAGUGGCGAGCCACUCAAGAAUUGGCUAAUCAAUUUUGGAGGAGGUGGGUCAUCGAAUAUCUCCCCACGCUCCUCCGCCGUGAAAAAUGGGACCGCCCAACCAAUCCCAUCGAAGAAGGAGACGUCGUCGUCGAGGUCAACGAGUCCCUCGACCGAAACCAGUGGCCACUAGGGAUGGUGGUGAAAACUUUCCCCGGAAGUGAUGGAAUCCCCCGCGUCGUCGACAUCCGGAUGUCCAACGGGAAGCAGUAUCGCCGCCCAGUCGCAAAACUCUGCGUCCUCGACGUGCGGGCCAAGACCGCGAAGCCCAACGCUCAGCUCGACUCCCUCAGUGGAAUACGACACUCGUAUUGA